CUAUAACUGCUGCUACUCCAGUAGCCAUACCUCCGGGACAGAUUAGCAUUCAGAUAGAUUAUAUUGGAGCCGCUAAAGCACCAUACUUUGUAACUUGUCAGACGUAUAUACAAAAUGAGCAUGCCGCGGAGACUUAUACCGAAGUUAUCGAUCAGACUCGUCCUCACAUUAUUUCACCAACAUGGAAUAAGAAAUCUGAUGUUGGACGCGUUAAUAUUUUAGUAAACUGUUUCAAUCUGUUAGGUUUCCAGGUGUUAAGCAGUGAGAUAGUCCUAGAGGCCGUCAUUGAAGAUGUGGCUGCUUACAGAGAUUCAAAAUAUGUGGCUAUUGGUGCGACGAGAACCUUUAAUUUCUUUGUAAGUUUUGGCAGUCAUGUGAAUUAUGUUUAUGAUUUUGGAGAUGGUAGAAGUGUAACUGGAACCUUUUAUAACGUUGUAACCCAAAAUGAAACUCUUUCGGUUCUUCAUGCAUAUAAUACCCCAGGGACAUACGAUGUUAACUUUGUGGCCUUUAAUCAUGUUUCGGCUAGAUCAAAAUCAAUUCAGAUGGUUGCUUUAGAAGAUGUUCAUGGCCUGGACGUCAAUACAACCUAUAGGAUGUCUGAUAUAUCUGAGGCUUAUAGUGUAGGACAUGGUGACAAUAAAAAUAUAUUUCCAUUGGAGAGAGAAGUUAGGUUUAUGUCUGAUUUAAGCUCAGGAAAUGACGUAAAAUACAACUGGGACUUUGGGGACGGAACUUUUGUGGAAACCACAGAAAUUAGCCAUGAUCACCUAUUCACUUCUCCUGGAGCCUACACGAUUAAAUUAAAUGCCAGCAACGCUCUUUUCUUCGACUUGGUGAUUUUUGAGCUGAUAAGCCAACAAACUGUAUUGGUUCACACCCUAACAAAUAACGGACCGACGCAAACGUACAUGGAUGUUGCUUUUACUUUGACCCUCGGUAGACCGGGCACAGCAUCAUGCUACGUUUGGAAUAUGGGCGAUGGCAAUUUUCCAACGGUUUAUGGAGGUCAAAAUUGUGCCCAAAGGGAAGACUUGAGUCAGUCUUAUUACGUUGAAUGGGUUCCAGAGAAAGUCCUGAUACACAAGUACAUGUUUAGAGCGAACGAAACAUUUACGGUGACGGUGACGGGUUUUAACGAGGUCUCUGAGGGCAUUCUUGAGGAUUUUGCUGUAAUAACAGGGGUUGGUUGUAGCUACCCAAAGGUUCAUAUUAUAGGAGGCGGACAGCAGAUAGACAGACCCGUUGAACACACAAGAUCGGACUGGAUUUCCCUGGAGAGCAAUGUUGAUAUCAGUUGUAAAGUCUCACAAGAAGCUGACUAUAAAUGGAUUGUACAACGCCUGGAGCAUGGGGCGUCGUUUCUUGACUUCAUUUUAGUCCCUUAUUCAGCUGAAGUUUUGUCAGCAGGACUGUUCAAAAUUUUGUUUCCGCCAAGAGUCUUCAUAGAUGGACAAUAUAAGAUUAGCUUAAAUGUUUCCAUGAGAGGAAUCCCAGGGCUGUUUGCCAUUCACUUUACAUAUCUGAAGAUUCAUCAAACUGAUUUGAUUGUAAAAAUUCAUGGUGGUAACGCAAGGGCGGUAGGUUUUGAUACUAAUUUUAGAGUCGAUGCCCUAGAAGAGACUUAUGAUCCUGAUGCUUUUGAUCGAAACAAUAAAAGCAGCUUUAGCUUUUCUUGGAGUUGUCGGAGAAGUAACGAAUCGUUGCCAGCAGAGAGAAUAUAUAUUGAGAUACCCGAAGAACUCGAUGUUAACGAUACUUUGACUGAUGGUGGAUGUUUUGGCACUGGUGUGGGGUGGUUAAAUACUACAGAAGCAGUGUUAGAACUGGAUUCAAGACUACUACAAUUAUACUCGGAAAACUAUUUUGAAGUAGAAGCUACCAAUAAUGGACGGGUAUCUCGUUUUUUGCAAUCAGUUACCAUUGUAGAAGGGGAUCCACCAGAAUUUAUUUUGACAUGUUUGGAUAAUUGCAAGUCUAAAAUGAAUCCAUCGGGUGAAUUUACCGUUACCAGCAGUUGUCCUGCAUGUCACCCCCUCGAUGUUAUCAACCAUAAAUGGUCACUAUUUGUACUCAAAAAUGCGACGCAAGUAUGGGAACCAGUUUCAAAUAUACUUGACAUGUUACACACAGAUGUCACUGGGGCUGGAAUUUCAUUCAAAUCCCAUCAAUUGAUUGGUGGGCUCACGUACAGAUUACGUCUCGAUGCCAAGGUUUAUGGUUUUGUUGCCAGUUUUACAAUGUAUGAAUUUAAAACCAAUUUACCUCCAUAUGGCGGAACUUGUUCUAUAAAUCCUAAAAUGGGUUAUGCUCUUCAAACUAAGUUUAUAAUAAGUUGUGAAGGCUGGUUAAAUCCUGGUGAAGAAGAGACUGCUGGUGCAGGACUAUUGUAUAGAUUCUGGUCAUCUACAGCAGAUGGUGGAGAUGUACAAUUAUUAUAUUAUGGGACCGAUCCGUAUACGCCAGAAUCGCAGUUUCCAUUAGGACCGGCAAAGGAUAACUAUAUGUUUGAUUUGUCUGUCCGUAUUUCUAAUCCUAUUGGAGAAUAUGUGGAAAAUAAACAACUUGUACAGGUGCUUGUUCCACCUACUAACAGAGAUGUUGCUACUUAUAAGAAUAUUACAACAGGUGAAUCAAGUGAAUUAACUAAUCUGUUUUCAUCUGGAAGAGAGCAAGAAGCUAAGCAGCUUAUCGUGGCCGUAGCGUCCCUAUUAAACGAUCCUAGUGCUAAGCUUGGUGGCAUACCAUAUGUGACAACUCAAGGGCCAACUUUUAGAACAACUGAAUUCGGGGAGACUACCCCAGAUGGGCAAACGACCAUUUCUCCUUACCAAACAACAGAACUACCAGAAGAAAUACGAAGAAAAAUAGAAGAGAAUCGAAAAAAGAGAGUUGAGUUAAGAACAAACUUAGCUAUAACCCUGUCCAGUACAGAAUCUCUUACAAUGGACUCUCUACAACAAACAGCGUUAGCAUAUAAAGUUAUAACUCAGGAAACUGGUGAACUAUCAGAUGAAUGUCAGGAAGUGACGGUGUCAGCUAUGAACAACAUGGCUGCAACAUUUGAGUCAAUAGUAAACGAGGAGAGAAGUGAUUCGGCUGAACAAGAACUUAUUGCAGCAGAAGAUAUAGUAGCCAGUCUAGCUAAUGUUAUACUAUCAGUGACAAAUGUAGUAAAUGGGGCGACGACUGGGGAUUAUAGUAGUAAUAGUAACACCGGUACAACACAGUCUACUAAUUAUGGUACAACUACAGAUUCUGGCAGAUCUACCACUAAAGCUCAGGAGAUUGCUAGACAGAUAACUCGACAAGCUCUAGAACUAGCUGAGAACGUGGUUAAAACGGUGUUAAGAAAACGAGCCCCAGGAGGACCACCUCUGAUACUGAAGAAUCAAAUGUUUACUAUAGUAGCAGAUAGACGUGAAGCAGCGGCAUUAAAUAAUACAGUUAUAUCAGCUGAUGGAGGUUCUUUCAGACUACCAGCAGUUGAUGUACUACUAGAUAACACCUCCAGUGCUUUCAUAGAUACAAAGUUCAUUACUUCUAUGUUAAAUCCAUUUGUAUGGGACGUCAGCGCCGACAACAUUAACUCCCCUGUGUUAACAAUGAAUCUAUAUGACGCUGACGGGGACGAAAUUCCUGUUGCUAACCUUACUACAGCUAUAGCUAUUGAUAUCGAUGUCAGUGGUAACGAUUAUAAAGGUGCCGAGAUCUUCCCAGUCCUGUCUAAAGACGAGACUAUGUAUUACCAUACACUGCUACUGAACGAAUCCACCAAUAAGGCGCUACAGGUUAUACUGCGCCCACAUGCUUCUAAUGUUACGCUACAAGUUUAUGUACGCAAGAAUUACUACCCUACAGAAUAUGAGUAUGAUUUGGUUGAGUCUCUACCUAAAGACAUCGACCUGGAAUCCGAUCCCGAUAUAGAUGAGGAUUUACUGGAGGAGAUGCGAUAUACUAUCUUCUUACCCUGGGAAGAACCAACAGAAAAUGACACCCAAGUUACCUACAUUGGUGUCAAAGACUUUUCUAACCAGUCAAGUGUAAUUGCUAAUCAGUCUAGUAUAGUUGAUGACUACAGUGACUAUUAUGAUUAUAAUGGCGAAGAGGAAGAUGUUAUUAUAAUGUCCAACUACACUUUUAAAAUAGUUACAUCAGAUUGUAGAUACUGGAGUAAAGAAAACGAAGAAUGGCUGACAGACGGAUGUCAAGUAAGCCCUCUAUCAAACGUCAAUUUUACACGAUGUAUGUGCACUCAUUUAACAUCAUUUGGAUCUGGUAUCUUUGUCCCACCCAAUCAGAUCAGUUUUAACACUGUCUUCAAUAACCUCGGUGCCAAGCUAGCAGACAAUAACGCAGUUCUGAUAACACUGUGUGUAAUUAUAUUCCUGUACUUUGUGGGAACUAUCUGGGCACGACGUAAAGAUCGACAAGAUGUUGAGAAGUGGGGAGUGGCGCCGCUAGCUGAUAAUAUCAUAGGAGAUAAAUACUUCUAUCAGAUUACUGUACAUACUGGAAUGAGGGGCUCGGCUGGUACGAGGUCAAAGGUCAGUUUUGUUCUAUCUGGAGAUGAUGGAGAUACUGGUGUCCGGCAACUUAUUGAUGAAAAGGCUAAAAAGGUUUUCAAUCGAGCAAGUGUUAAUCAGUAUAUAAUGGGAACAUCGGAAUGUUUAGGGCCACUAUCAUAUUUACGAGUAUGGCACGACAACUCAGGUAAAAAUAAACAUCAAGGAUGGUAUUUAAGUAAAAUAAUCGUUACAGAUCUACAGACAAAUCAAAGUUAUUUCUUCCUAUGCAAUCGCUGGUUGGCUGUUGAAGAAGAUGACGGUAUGAUUGACAGGAUACUCCCAGUGGCGGGAAAUAGUGACGUCACUAAUUUUAAUCACUUGUUUUUUUCCGAGACGAAGAAAAACUUCACUGAUUCUCAUCUAUGGAUUUCAAUAUUUGCCAGACCAUCAAGAAGUCAUUUCACACGAGUUCAGAGAGUAGCUUGUAUUUUGUCUUUGGUUUUUACAACCAUGAUGGCGGACGCCAUGUUUUACAAAGUGGACGAAAAUAUGGACAAUAAAUUAUCAUUCAAACUAGGACCGUUUGUGUUUUCGGCUCAUGAGUUCUACAUUAGUUUUAUUUGUAGUUUUGUCGUCCUUCCCGCUAAUAUAAUCAUUGAUCAAUUGUUUCGUCGAAGUCGACCACGACACAAGAAAAUAGAUAACGCAUUCAUAAAACCCAGUCAAAAAUCCUCAAACUUACCGAAAGUUAUUCCACCAUUGAAUGAGGAUAAAGAUAAGCAAAAAAGUGAAGAACAGGUAGCCGAAAUACGAGAAUUGGACGACAUCCUGAACUCAGAAGAACUUAGACCCACAACAUCUGCAAGUAUGGACGAUUUCUGGGAACCCCGAGAUGUUCAGAAUAGACGAGGUCCUAGUCCAGUGUAUCCAAGAUGUGAAAGCAGAAGUAACUCGCGAGCUGAAACAAGGUGCGAAAGCAGAAGUGAGGAUAAUUCAGAGAAGAAGUCAAAAAGGAAAAAGAAACAAAAGCAGAAAAAGAUGUUACCAUUUUGGGGAGCUUAUAUUGCGUGGAUACUCGUCUUUUUAACUUCUGGUGUUUCUGCGUUCAUUACUUUUACGUACAGCAUGGAAUGGGGUAAAACUAAAUCCAUUGGUUGGUUGUCGUCUAUGUUACUGUCAAUAGGAGAGUCUGUGACAUUAAUUCAACCAAUGAAGAUAUUGGUUCUUGCUGCUAUCGUUGCCUGGUUGUUUAAGAAACCGGAAUUAGAUGAUGUAAUAGAUGAUAAAGAUUUUAUCAAACCACUUACAGAUGAAGAAAUUACAGAAAAGGCACCAACAGCGGUUACCAGGCCGAGACUUCCAGCACCAAUGUUAAAUAGUGAGAGUCUGGUGCUAGCUAGAGAGAGACGUCUUAAAGAAAUUAGAAUGUUUGGUGUGAUAAGAGAGAUAGUAUUCUACGUGUUUUAUCUAAUAUUAUUGGUCAUGGUGUCUGUCCAUAACAGAGACGUCAGGUCAUAUCAAGCUAAAGAAAGCGUUCUCUGGCAGAUAAAUUCUCGUGGAACAAUAUUUAAGGCAAGAACCAUGACAGAUUUUUGGAAAUGGACACGAGCAGAACUAAUACCAACUCUGUAUAUAUCGAAUACAUUUAAUGGUGACCCAAUUACAUUUUCUGGCGAUAAGAGGAUGAUAUCCAAUAUGGCUGCCUAUAGGGUAGGACCUGUACGAUUACGCCAACAUAGAAUUGAAAAACGUAAAUGUAAGCUACCAUUUCAACUACGGAAAAGUAGAAUCUUAUGCAACGGGGAAUGGGGCUGGUCCACACAAGAUCUGAAAGCUUACAGAGAAGGUUGGAAAGCUGUAGGGGUCAACGAAUCGGUAGAUGGUUUAGUAAAUUAUCCCUGGAAAUACCGGACGGACUCAGAAACAAAAGGAGCUCCUCAUGCUGGAAAGAUAGGUGUUUAUCCCAGUGGUGGGUAUAUAGCAGACUUAAUCGGGGACGCUAGGAGAGUUCAUAAAAUUGUAGACGGUUUAGAAAAAGACAAUUGGUUGGAUAAAUAUACCAGAUCUGUUUUUGUUGAGUUUACUCUUUAUAAUCCAAACGUCAAUCUCUUCACUAUGGCAACUGUAGCGUUAGAGGUGCCACCUACCGGAACAUUUGUUGGUGAGAUUGUUGUGAAGACUUUUAGACUGUUCUCCUAUCUGGGAGGUUAUGGCGUCGUGGUUGCUGUUUGUGAUGCACUGGCAUUGGUUUUUAUUUUAUAUUUUGCUGUUCGUCUGCUUAAACGAAUCAGGAAAGAAAGGAGGAGCUUUUUUAAGGAGUUUUGGAAUGGUAUUGAAUUUAUAAAUUUGUUGAUGUCUAUAACGUGUGUCGUGAUGUAUGUUGGUCGCCAUCUUUUAACAACCAAGGCAUCAGAUACAGUCAAGAGAUUAAGAGAUGCGUUUUACAAUUUUCAACGUAUGGCAUUAUGGGAUGAAUUGUUCAGUAUCUUGGUAGCUUUUGUCAUUUUUGCUUCUGUGAUAAAAUUACUACACAUCUUCCGAUUUAACCGCCGUAUGUCCAUGUUGGGCCUGACUAUAAUGGCGGCCGCUAAAGAACUGUCAGCCUUCUCAUUUUGUUUUGCCAUCUGGAUCAUAGCUUUCAUGGCCUUCAGCUACUUGACCUUUGGUCCCAACAUAGAGUCUUACAGAUCAGUUUUAACAACAUUUGAAAGCUUGCUGUCGUUUGCUUUAGGAAACUAUGAAUAUGAAGCUUUGUCUUCUGUAAACAGGAUAUUGGGGCCAAUGUUUUUCUUUUCCUACGUUCUCUUCAUCGUCUUCAUUCUACUCAACAUGUUUGUGACGAUCAUGAACGAUUCAUUCGCUGUAGUGAGAUCUAAACUAUCAGAACAGGCGAAUCAAUAUGAAUUGGUCUCGUUUAUAACUACAAGAUUUAAAACUUGGUUAAUAAUGGAUGUUGCUAGGUUCUUUAAAAACGUCAGAAAGAAGUAUUCAUCAGGUUCUUAUGCAACAGACGAUGACGUACAAGAUUCCAACGCAUCUGACACUUUACGUAACCUCGAUUUCAAUAUCAGAAAUAGAAAUAUCGUGACACCAUGGAAUACUGGUGUUAACUAUCCAGGACCAGAUAUCAAAUUUGUGAAUGGCUUUACUGAUGCUCAAGAAGACGAUAUUGUCAACUUUUAUUUCCCGGACUUUUCUCGAUUACUUCCCCUGUUUUCAGAAGAUCCAGGCAUUAGGCUUCAGUCAAAAGAAGAUGGUAUGCGUGCAGCUAAAGACGCCUUGAAGGUGAAUCCUAAGGCAGAUGCCAUAGCGAGAGCUAAGGGUGCUUUGAAAAUAGACAAUUAAACGCUGUUUCUAUAAGAAAUGUGUAUGAUGAGAAAUCUGUUAUUGUUAUGGAUAAAUAUUUAUCAAUGUUUAAUAUUAUUUAAUAAAAUGAUAAAAUUUG